AAAAUUUGUGUAGCAGAUAGAUGAGGAACCAACAAAAAAGGGUCUCAGGAUCUGGCACACGUUAUCUCAGACUUAGUGUCCAUCCACCACAGCUGACCCUUUCCGGACCUGACUCCACCCCUGAGGGACGCAGUUCAACCUUGACCAAUGACUUUUAAGUACCAUGGAGAAUAGGGGGCAGAACUUCAGCAGUAAAGAAUAAAAGGCCACACAGAGAAGCAGCCGCACAUAUCUGCUUCCGACACAGCUACAAUCACCAGCAAGCUCUCAGACCUGACAUCAUGGUGCAUUUUACUGCUGAGGAGAAGGCUGCCAUCACUAGCCUGUGGGGCAAGAUGAAUGUGGAAGAGGCUGGAGGUGAAGCCUUGGGCAGACUCCUCGUUGUAUACCCCUGGACCCAGAGAUUUUUCGACAACUUUGGAAACCUGUCCUCUCCCUCUGCCAUCCUGGGCAACCCCAAGGUCAAGGCCCAUGGCAAGAAGGUGCUGACUUCCUUUGGAGAUGCUAUUAAAAACAUGGACAACCUCAAGACCACCUUUGCUAAGCUAAGUGAGCUGCACUGUGACAAGCUGCAUGUGGAUCCUGAGAACUUCAGGCUUCUGGGUAACGUGUUGGUGAUUAUUCUGGCUACUCACUUUGGCAAGGAGUUCACUCCUGAAGUGCAGGCUGCCUGGCAGAAGCUGGUGUCUGCUGUGGCCAUUGCCCUGGGCCACAAGUACCACUGAGUUAUCUUCCAGUUUGCCAGUGUUCCUGUGACCCUGACACCCUCCUUCUGCACAUGAAUACUGGGCUUAGCCUUGAGAGGAAGGCUUCUGUUUAAUAAAGUACAUUUGCUUCAGUAAUCAAAAA